GCCAAAAGAAAGGAGAGGUAUACUGCAUCCACCAACACCAAAACUUGUAAGAUUCUCUCUUCAAGGCAUGGACAACGCACAGAAGAAACCGAAGAUGACACUGGCUUCCUACUUCGGUCACCAGGAAAUGCCGGUAAUAGGCAUGGGGACAGCGGCGGACCCCUUCGAUGAAGCCACAAUGAAGACGGCGGUCCUGGAGGCGAUCAAGGUUGGCUACAGGCACUUUGAUACUUCUCCACUGUACAGGUCAGAAAAAGCUGUCGGAGAAGCCAUAGCUGAAGCUCUUAGCCUUGGCCUUAUUGGUUCUCGAGACGAGCUCUUCAUCACUUCUAAGCUGUGGUGCUGCGAUGCUCACAGCGAUCUUGUUAUCCCUGCUCUAAAGAAUUCCCUCAGGGUUCUUCAGCUAGAGUAUUUAGAUCUUUAUUUGAUCCAUUGGCCCAUCAGUUGUAAGCCAGGAAGAUUAAUGUUCCCAAUGCCUAAGGACGAGCUUCUGCCAAUGGACUUCAACUCUGUGUGGGCAGCCAUGGAAGAGUGCCAACAACUUGGCCUCACAAAGGCCAUUGGAGUUAGCAACUUCUCUUGCAAGAAGCUUGAACACUUACUUGCCUUUGCUACUAUCCCUCCUGCAGUAAAUCAAGUGGAGAUGAGCCCUCUCUGGCAACAGAAGAAGCUCAGAGGGUUCUGCAAGGCCAAUGACAUUGUAGUGACUGCUUACUCUCCUCUAGGAGCAAAGGGGACUCGCUGGGGCAGCAGUUUAGUUAUGGACAAUGAAGUACUAAAUGAGAUUGCAAAGACUCGUGGCAAGACUGUUGCUCAGGUUUGUCUGCGAUGGUUGUAUGAGCAAGGAACGAGUUUUGUGGUUAAGAGCUAUAGGAAAGAAAGACUGGAGGAGAAUAUGAACAUCUUUGAUUGGGCACUACUGAAAGAUGAUCAUGACAAGAUUAAUCAAAUCCCACAACAAAGAUUACAGCCUAAAGAACAACUAGUUUCAGCUAAUGGACCAUACAAGUCCCUUGAAGAACUAUGGGAUGGAGAGAUUUAACGUCAUCUUGUUCAAAUUGUAAAUUGAACUCCAGAGAAGUAUCUUGAAAAAUGAUGCGAACUUGUGUUGUAGAGUACUUGCUCCUUUAGCAUCGUCUUUUAAGCACCUAGAGCAUGAGUUGUGUAACAUGAAGCAAGAAAGCUAGAAGUUUCUUCUCAACUUUUCCCUGUAUUCUGCCUCUCAACGGCAACCUCUGUGAAUAUAAAUUGUCGGUGAAACUGAA